AUGUCGAAGUACUGUAUCGUGGCUGUGCUGAUUGUGGCCCUGGCAUUGGCUGAUAGCAGCAGCAGCAGUGAGGAGAAGGAGAAAAAGGGCGUCGACUUGGAGCAGUUCGAGAAACUGGGCAAGGAGAUGGAGAGCCAAAAGUCGCUGAUCAAGCAAAAGUGCAACGAGGCGCCCGAGGCCAAGAAAAAGACAUGCAUCCUGCUCGUCGAAAGCUUUGAGCAGCUACUCGGAAAAGUGAAAGAGCUCCACGGCGUCUUCGCCGACUUCAACAAGUCGCUCGAGGAACUCGAU